GCCCCAGGAGCCGCAGCCGUUGCCGCCGCCCCGGACGCCAUGGCCGAGACCGACCCCAAGACGGUGCAGGAUCUCACCGCCGUGGUGCAGACACUGCUUCAACAAAUGCAGGACAAAUUUCAGACCAUGUCUGACCAAAUCAUUGGAAGAAUUGACGACAUGAGCUGUCGCAUAGAUGACCUGGAGAAAAACAUCGCGGACCUCAUGACCCAGGCAGGAGUGGAAGAACUCGAAGGCGAGAACAAGACCCCUGCUUCUAACAAGAGCUAAAGUUCCUGGUAAUUUAAGAUGAAAGCUGGAAGCCUUUUUGUUUCCUUUUGUUUGUUGAAACAAGCCCUUGGAAUUGCAGAACCGCUUUUGCAGCUACGUUGUGUACAAGCAUUUUUAUAUUGCUAUAGAGCUUGCAUUCCUGCUGUAUAGUUAGGGAUAGGUUAGUUCAUAUUUUGAUUCAUGUACUGUAAUUUCACUUUUUGAAUUCUUGUUAUGAGGAUCAAGUUGUGUUAUUAAAACACAGAUCUUACAGAUCUCAACUACUGAGUGAUUUUUUUGUGAAGUCACUUUGCUGUUUCUUAUACUUUUUCUAGACGUUUCAUUUUUGAUAGCUCAAAAUCUAGUGACUUCAUGAAAUGGAAAUCUUAACUUGUCCUAAGUAACUUUGUGGAGCAAAGCACAAAACUGACACUUAGCAUUACUCUUAGUUCUAAGCCUCCAUCACUGGACUAGUACAGGAUAAUAUGUUGUUUUGUAGUAACUGUAAUAAAAUAAUUUUUGGAGAAGUGAGGUGCUGACCAUCUAAAUCUUAUCUCAUACAUCUAGUCUUACACUACCUGUGUGUUUCUGUAACAGAACAGAAAUACUUAUUUAAYGUUAGAGACAUCUCCACACAGUAGGGCAAACACUGCCAUUCAAAUUAUUAUAGSUAGAAAGAAAAGGAACUACUAAUUAUGACACAUCUCAUUAUGAGAGGUAGUUUUUAAUACUGUACAGCAUUUUUGAAAUUGAUAAGUGUUAGUGCUUCUAGUAGCAGCCUGUUUGAAUAAUAACUGCUGUAAAACCAGUGAUAUUUGACAGAAUGGGAUUGUGGAAGUGGCUGCACUAGCUCUUUCAGUAGAAGCCACCAGCUCUUUGUUUAUAGCAACAAUUUUGCUCCCUAAGCAAUGGGAUAUUGAGUAACCAAAAUAGAAAGAAUGCGGGUAGGAGAAUUGCAGAGCCUUGCUGGUCAGUGGCUAAUACAUAGCUGGGAUUUUGGAGAAUAGCUGGUUUGGAAAGGUGGUAGCUUCUAUAAUCAUACCCMCAUGUAUAGGCUUGAAGUUUAAUGGAAUGCAUUAAAGUAUUUUGGAAAUGAGAAGUGUUUUAAAAGAGUGUUUASUAUGUCACUGUGGUGAAGAAAAAUGACCCAUGUCUGAAGAAUGCUGACAAUCAUUGCAGUGUUAGAGGGUGCUAGCAGCAGCURACAGUUAUCCAUGGAUCACACUUAAGACCACUCUCUGAAUGCCACUGCAUUAGCAGUAGCGUGUUACAAAGGCAAUAGAUGGG